GCGCGCCCUCCCCUCCCCGCGGAGGCUCCCAGAGCCCCUGCCCGGCAGGUCCUCUCCGUGAACUCGCCGCGUCCUCAGGACCUGCGAUUUCCAGGCCUUCCCAGUUUCCACCUGAGUGUGAGCAAAUGAAACCUCCCUCCUGCAGCCCGAGCCAGCGCUCAGCGCAGCCCCUGACCCCUGGCUCCUGGCAACCUGCUUCAGCCAAAAUCUUAAGAGGCUUUAUUACUUUUAUUUAAAAUGAUGCAUGCUCAUUAUAACAUUAUUAAACUUAGGAAGAAAAAAAAAAUUCUAAGCGCAGCGCCCUCCAAUACGACCAUUAGACGCAUGGAUAAGUAACUGACACGUGGACAUUAUAACAAUGAAAUCCUACUCUAUUGACUAUGAUGUACCUUGACGUGAUUUGCUUGUGUUUAAACUACUUGAAGUUCGUUACACUUCUUAGACCUGACACUGAGGUUUUGAACACUGCCAUUCUCACUGGAAAGCCUGUUUCAGUUCCUGUCAAAGUCGUGAGGGUCCAGGAGGAUGGUUCUGUGGUCUAUGUGUCUGAGUCUGUGGAAUGCAAGUCUGCCGAUGCAGAUGUCAUUAAGGUCUUCAGCAUUAACAUCUCCAUCUCUUGAACUAGUGAUCUGCCCACCUCGGACUCCCAAAGUGCUGGGAUUAUAGGUGUGAGCCACCGCGCUGGGCCUUGGCUUGCAGUUUUGAUCUCAGGAUUGGUAUGACUUUCAAGAAGACAGAGGACACAAUUGUUAAAGAGUCCAGAAUCUGGGAGAAUAAAAUAAUUUUCAGAGACUGGAACCUCAACCUAGUCUGGCAGGUGGAAGAAGGAUAAAAAGUUCUACUGUUAGUUUAAGAAAGUUUUCAUUAAUUUCAAAAUAUGCAGCAUAACAGCAACAUCUGUGUGAAAAAAUCUUGGCAUCUUUAUAAAUAGUAAGAGCCAAUGAAUCAAAUGAAGAGGUCGCCAUGAGGCUGAUGUGAUCUUCGUCAGCAUUAAUCAGAGCAUGGUCCCAGCACAGGCAACACUGCUGUACUUCAUGCCAAAUCUGGUCCAGAAGGGUUGUGUGUGUGUGUUUGACUUUUUAAAAUUUGAAUCCAUUUCCAGCAUGCAAACAUUGUUAAUUUCACGUCUGGAUUCCGAGCUCCUCUUGAAACACCAUGUGGUCAGGUUGUCCUGCGCCCAUACUCCUGCCGGUCAUCAUCAUCUGGAGUGGACCAGUUGUCUACAGAGGCUCUCCACUCCCCACCACUCCAACUCACUGUAAUCUCCACCACUCCCUCUCGCCUUCCACACUGAGGGUGAGGGGCACUUGUCAUUUCUUGUCACAUUUGUGCUACUGGCUUUCUGACAGCAGAUUUCAGAGUGAUGUGAGAUAUUUCUUUUACACUGGUCUCCAUCAAAAAUGAGCAACAGAUGAUAGCCCUCACUCUGUCACUCCGACAGAGAAUUCUUUCUAGGUCAUAAGCAGAACAAUGGGAAGUCAGAUUGUGUUCUGCUGAAGAGUGUCCAUGGGCUGAAGGCUUUUGAAAUCAAAUCACAGUAGAAUUGCCUGAAGGAAGUGAGAGUGUAUAGCCUGAUGCCGAGAAGAAAAAGCCUGGGGGUAACAUACAGAGUGAGAACUGACAGCUCUUUUUAAGUCUUUCAAGGGCCAUCAUGUGGAAGAUGGAGUAGGUUUGUGCUUUUUAUAUUUCAACAGGGGAAGUUAAAAAGGAACCAUUUUUAGCUUACUUUAAGGAAAAAGAAUGCAGAGCCACUGAAUUCUUUGGUUAAGCUUUCAGACAGAUAAUGUUGGUCCGAAUCCUGGUUCUAUCUUCUAUGUAUUUGAUCUUGGGAAAAAUUACUUAAAUUUCCCCAAGCCCAGUUUCCUCAUUUGUAAAAUGGGAAUGACAAUGCUGAGGCGCAGAGCUACCCUUUCUAGAGAUCUGUUCUAAUGACAGUCCAUGAAGCAGAACUGACACUCAUCCAAGAAAUCCUUGAAAAUGUUUUGGAGAACAUCUAGGCUUUUAGAGGUUCCCAGGCCAAUUGGUUUUUGUCUUUGCUUUAAUUUCUUCUUGUAUUUGACCCAUGUGCAAAUUUUAUGGGGCAGUAUAUGUUCCUCACCAUACACUGGUUUUACAGGCAGUAUUGAAUGGAGUCAUAGAUAAGAAAGAUUUGGAAGACAAUGAAGGAGGCCCAGCAAGCAGAUUUGAGAGAUUGUGCUCUGUACUUGUGCAAUCUAAUUGUGUCCUGUUAGAAAGGAGAUGUCCUGGGAAACUCAAAUUAAGGUUUCUAGCAACUGUGAAUCCAUUUUAUGAAUAGGAAGGAAAUGAGGCACAUGGUGACCUUCACCUGCAGCACCUUCCCUCUCAGUAUGAGGCCACCAUCGGGACGCCGAGACUCCCUUGGCAGAUUGAGAUCUGGAACAUGGAGUGAGCUACAACAAGGGCUGGAGAAUUUUAGUGGCCUCCAACAGAAGCUGAGAAACCAGAGAGGAGACUGUGGAUCUGAUGCUCCUGGGACUCAGAACCUUUAGAACUCUUUAUAAAUGGGAUAAAACUGGCUGUCCGGGGCUCAGACCCUAGGAAAGCAUAAUCCACAAUAGUUAACAAUGGUCUGGGCUUGGUCAGAUGGAUCUGACUUGCAUACUUACUAGCACUUUGAUGUGAAAAAAUUAAAUGGGAAGAAUAAUCGUGUCUA